CAUCAGUUGCACGCGAGCAGUUCACCGGAUCGGUUCACUUUUUUCGAAGGCUCUCGACUAGUUUCGGCAGAACUUUGGGGUAGUUCUUUGAAGACUUGGAGACAAGUGUUGAACUUUGUUCUAAGUGCGUGGUCAAUUCGCAGGAAGCACUCGUCAAGUGUCCAACUUCUGCUACCUUCAAGAUUGGUCAUCUCCUGCGUACUUGGUUGGAACCGAAGAGUCCCGCGUUGAUGAACUCCAAUCAUAUCAUCAUCACUUAUAUCUGAUUAGUACUCUAAUCAAAUUAGAAGCGCGCGCGAAUCGCACGGGUGGCGACAAGGCAGAGAGAGUUGAAAAGUGCAAUUUUAUAGCGCUGAACCACGUUGCGUCGACGUUGGCCAAGUUGUGGCGCGCGUAGUUCUGGUUAGGACCAGAUGUUACGUGGCGUGAUGACCUGUGACGAGAAGCGGUGAGGUUAUCUAACGCCACACUCUUGGUUGCGCUGUCGAAGACAUAGUCCCGGGAAGGAUUGAUUACUGUGACCUCGAAAAAAAAAAGAAGAAGGAAGAAGUGAAUUAUAAAAUAGAGUUGGUAAUUACGCGUUGACGGUGAAGAUCCUGUGCAAGGUCGUAAUCUAUCAUCAUCAAUUAGGUUGGAGGAGCAGAGAAGAGAGCUGAAGCCGGGCAGCAUCCAGCAAAACUUUGCAAAGUAAAAUAAAAGGAUAUUGACAGGCCAAGGAAGAGAGGAAGCCAAGUGUGAAAUAGUGAAGUCCUGUUAUGUUGGACUCUCAAGAAAGAAGAGAGUCAGGGGCAAAAGACCGUUAUUAAGGAUUAACGCGAUACGCUCGGUUGGUUGGUUGUGCUGUGCGGUGUGUGUGAGUGUUUGAAGAGGACAUCCUCCAGGAGCCUGGUGACGUGAGAGCUGCCAAGGGGAAGAUUAUACCUAAUUGAACCAAUGAAUUAACGAUAGUCUGCCGAGAUGAACAACAGCAACAACGCCAAGAUGCAAAUUCGGGAGAAUUUCUCCGUGGACGGUACGGUGCGGUCCUCGUACGGCAGUGAACCACGUGGGUUCUUCAUCACGCGGAGGGCCUUGCUUACAACGGUUGCGAUUUUCAGCUGUUUGCUGAUUGGGACGGGACUGCUGAUCUACCAUCUGGCCGGAUGUCCGGACGAGUCCGGUCCGGUUCACGCCAGCAUUUGUGACCAUCACCACUUUCAUCACACGUUUGAGGCUUCGAAUCUGAGUCGAUUGGUGCCACAUGACACGACCAGUACGGAGCCGGUUACGACCUCUACCAGUACUGCGAGCUCAUCAACAACGGCCAAACUGGACAGUCAGGCUUCAGGAAAUGGCUCUGACUCUCAAACUACUACUCAGCUGGAAGACGACGCCGAUGUCCGGUUGCCACGGUCCGUCGAGCCGCUGUCCUACAACAUCCGACUAAUCCCAUUCAUGUUCGGGGACAACUUUACCUUUACCGGAACCGUUGACAUUGAGGUACGCGUGCUCGAAGAGUGCGACAACAUAACACUCCACGCGGUCGCCCUGAAAAUCCACGAAGCCCGCAUGGAGCAGCAAAGACCACCACCAAAGACACGUGCGACACGUGCAACAGGUGCCGGUCUGGAUGACAGCUACGAGUACGACGAUGACGGUGAUGAUGACAAUGAUGUUGGUGGAGGAAAUCGAACCGUCGUUGAAAUUGAGCAACAGGUAGUCGUGGAGAGCAAACAGUUCUACGUGCUCAAGAUGAGCCGGAAGCUGCGGGUCGGGGAGCGGUACACGGUGCGCAUUCGGUACGAGGGAGUGCUGAACGACUAUCUGCAAGGAUUCUAUCGCAGCUCGUACACCGUGAGGAAUGAGACGAGAUGGCUCGCCACCACCCAGUUCCAGCCCACGGACGCUCGCCGCGCCUUCCCCUGCUUCGACGAACCGGCCCUCAAGGCUCGUUUCACAAUCAACCUGGCCCGACCACGUGGCUUGAUGUCGCUGUCCAACAUGCCGCGGACAAAGUCCUACGACGCCAGUGAUCUCGACCUACCGGACUACGUUUGGGACGAGUACCAACAGUCGGUCCCAAUGUCCACGUACCUGGUGGCGUUCGUCGUCUGCGACUUUGUCAACCUAACGUCCGGCAAUUUUGCCGUGUGGGCCCGGUCGGAUGCGCUGACGUCGGCCCGGUACGCCCUCGAGGUGGGUCCGAAGAUCUUGGCCUACCUGGAGCGAUUCUUCGACAUCAAGUAUCCGCUGCCCAAGAUGGACAUGAUUGCUCUGCCGGACUUUAGCGCCGGUGCGAUGGAGAACUGGGGCCUGAUUACGUACCGGGAAACGGCCAUGCUGUACGAGGAGAACGUCUCGGCGAAUAGUAAUAAGCAGCGGGUCGUAACGGUGGUGGCGCACGAGCUGGCUCACCAGUGGUUUGGGAAUUUGGUAACUCCGACGUGGUGGACGGAUUUGUGGCUUAACGAGGGCUUCGCCAGCUACAUGGAGUAUCUUGGGGUGGACGCGGUGGAACCGGCCUGGAAGUCGAUGGAACAGUUUGUGGUGAAUGAGCUGCACAACGUGUUUUCGCUGGAUGCGCUGUCUUCGUCGCAUCAGAUUUCGGUUGAGGUGCACAAUCCGGAGGAGAUUAAUGAGAUUUUUGACAAGAUUUCUUACGGAAAGGGAGCUGCGAUUAUUCGUAUGAUGGACCACUUCUUGACGGCUGAGGUGUUUAAGGGAGGACUGACCAACUACCUUAAUGAGAAAAAGUACCAAAGCGCAGAUCAGGACGACCUUUGGCGGUUCCUAACGGCGGAGGCUCGCAGCAAGGGAGUCUUUGAUGAUACGCUUGCCGUGAAGGACAUCAUGGACACGUGGACGCUGCAGACGGGUUUUCCCGUGGUGACCGUAACGCGGGACUACGAGCACAACAAGCUGGAAUUUACCCAGGAGAGAUUUAUCUUUAUUGAGCCGUCCGGUAGCAACUUGACUCGGGGUAAUGAGACCAGCGUUGAGAAGCCUUUGUGGUGGAUUCCGAUUACGUUUACGACGCUUGGUGAGAGUGACUUUGACAGCACGAAGCCAAGCAUCUGGAUGAGGGCGGAGGAGAAGCUUACGUUGCACGACAUGGACAUACCGCAGCACGAUUGGGUGAUCGUGAAUGUUCAGCAAACAGGCUACUACCGCGUCAACUACGACCAACGCAACUGGGCACUGAUCGUGGCUCACCUGCUGGACAAGCGAAAGUUCACCACGAUCGCACCCUCCAACCGGGCCCAACUGAUCGACGAUGCGCUGAAUCUGGCCCGCGGAGGUCAUCUCAACUACGGCGUGGCGCUGAACGUGACCCGCUAUCUGGUGCACGAGACCGAGUACGUUCCGUGGAAGGCUGGCAUCGGGGCGCUCAAUUUUAUCGACUCGAUGCUGCUCAAGACGAGCAACUACGAUAAGUUCAAGAAAUACUCGCUGCACCUUCUGAAGCCAAUCUACGCCAAGGUUGGCUUCGAAGAUCACAAGGACAGUCCACUGCUGACGGUGUACAAACGGGUGGAUGUCCUUACGGCAGCUUGCCACCUCGGGUACAAGGAGUGCGUCAACAAGUGCGUCCAGAAGUUCUACGAGUGGAUGCAUGAGCCCAACCCGGACAUCAACAACCCCGUUUCGCCGAACCUCAAGAACAUCGUGUACUGCACCGCGAUCAAGUACGGCGACCAGCUCGAGUGGGACUUUGCGUGGGAGCGCUUCCAGAAGACGACGAUCCCGAGCGAAAAGGAAACCAUCCUGUCAGCGCUGGGCUGCUCGAGGGAAACCUGGAUCCUGACCCGCUUCCUCGAGUACUCGAUGACGGACGUGCACGGCAUCCGCAAGCAGGACGUGUUCCGAGUGUUUCUGGCUGUGUCGAACAACGUGAUCGGCCAACCGAUCGCGUUCAGCUUCAUCAGGAACAACUGGCAGAAGAUGAAGGACUAUCUCGGAACUUCAAUGUCGAACCUCAACAUGAUCCUCAAGUACUCAACGAAGCGCUUGAACAGCCGCUACGAGCUGGAUGAGUUGAAAGAGUUUGCCCAAACGCACCUCAAGGACACCGGCCGAACGAUCCAGCAGGCCAUCGAACGGGCCGAAGCUAACAUCGCGUGGAUGGAGGAGAACGCCGCUACGAUCGUGCAGUGGUUGGACGGAAUCCGGUACGAUCCGGACGAGCUGUAAGAGCCUAGAGAUGUGGGUUCGCCGCACCUUUGGUUGUUCAUGUUGAACGCAUCAUUAUUUAUCAGUAUAAGAAAGAGUAGAUCGGAGCUGUCUGGAGGAACAGUUAUUUUUAGAAUAUUUGUUUUAGCGACAUUACUAAGUCUAAACUAAUACCAAGACUGCAAAUAGAAAUUCGGAACAAAUGUGUGCACCAUAGAUUUCGUUUUCUCAUUACUUCAUCGGGAGUCUGAAUCUCGAAAAGCUGUUAAAAUGUAAUGUUUUAGCUUUACCGAAAACAAAAUGUUAAGCUAGGCUCACCCCAAAAACUGUCUCGAUUCCAUACCAAUGAUUAAAACAUACUGCAGACAGUCAUAUACAAAGAUAGAAAAAUCUCAGAAUGAGCUUGAUUUAAGAAAGUAUAAACUAAUUGUACUUAAGACACCUUUAUGCCAAAAUAAACGAUAAAAUUUUAUCUAAAACA